GACAAGGCUGUUUCCCAUUUGUGAGGUGGGGGCUGCGAAAGCAGCCGCGCUUCCGACUGGUUCCGGUUUCCUUCCCUCCUCAGCUCUCUUAGGUGGGCUCGCGGUCUAGUAUUCGCCGCCGCCUGUCGGGCCCGGCGUCUGGUCGGUCUUCCUCGCUUGUGCGCGCGCUCGCCCGCCAGCCGCGGAGAGCCAGAGCAGCCGGGGAAGCGGCGCGGGCCGGGCGGGGCGCGGCGCCCGGAGCGCAGGGGGAGACAAAGCGAAGCCGGCCCCUUCUCCCGGCACCGAGAUGUGGAUCCAGGUUCGCACCAUCGACGGCUCCCAGACGCGCACCAUUGAGGACGUGUCUCGGAAAGCCACAAUUGAGGAGCUGCGCGAACGGGUGUGGGCGCUGUUCGACGUGCGGCCCGAGUGCCAGCGCCUCUUCUACCGGGGCAAACAGUUAGAAAAUGGAUAUACUUUAUUUGAUUAUGAUGUUGGACUGAAUGAUAUAAUUCAGCUGCUAGUUCGUCCAGACCCUGACCUUCCUAGCACAUCUAAACAGACUGAUGUACAGGCCAAACCCUGUUCUAAUAGUCCACCUAAAGUAAAGAAAACCCCAAGGGUGGGACCUUCCGGUCAGCCGUCUACAUCAACUCGUGAUUUUCUUAUUGAUCCUGGCAUUGGACUAUACAAGGUAAAUGAAUUGGUGGAUGCCAGAGAUGUCGCCCUUGGUGCUUGGUUUGAAGCACGUAUACAUAGUGUUACUAGAGCUUCUGAUGGACACUCACGUGGCAAAACUCCACUGAAGAAUGGCAGUUCUUAUAAAAGGACUAAUGGAAAUAUAAAUCAUAAUUCCAAAGAGAACACAAAUAAAUUGGACAAUGUACCCUCUACGUCUAACUCAGAUUCUGUUGCUGCUGAUGAAGACGUAAUUUAUCAUAUCGAGUAUGAUGAAUAUCCGGAAAGUGGUACUGUAGAAAUAAAUGUCAAGGAUCUUCGACCACGAGCUAGAACCACUUUGAAAUGGAAUGAACUAAAUGUCGGUGAUGUGGUCAUGGUUAAUUACAAUGUAGAAAGUCCUAGUAAUAGAGGAUUUUGGUUUGAUGCAGAAAUUACCACACUGAAGACGAUCUCAAGGACCAAAAAGGAACUUCGUGUGACUGUUUUCUUGGGGGGUUCUGAAGGAAAAUUAAAUGACUGUCAGAUAAGAUUCAUAAAUGAAAUCUUCAAGAUCGAGAAACCUGGAGCCCAUCCUCUUUCAUUGGCAGAUGGAAAGUUUUUAAGUAUGGAUUUUUCUUACGGGCUGAGACUGCAUUUAUUGUUCAUGAUUGCCAUUUUAACUGGCCAGGGAAUAACUUUUGAGAAAGAUAAAAUCUCAACCCUUGCCAUCUAUGACCUGCCCCCGACUACUUUUAUGUUCUUCAGAACGUAUUGUCCUUCCUGUAAAACUGAUUCUAGUGAAGUUGUAAAGGCUGGUGAAAGACUCAAGAUGAGUAAAAAGAAAGCAAAGAUGCCAUCAGCUAGUACUGAAAGCCGAAGAGACUGGGGCAGGGGAAUGGCCUGUGUUGGUCGCACUAGAGAAUGUACUAUUGUUCCUUCUAAUCAUUAUGGACCUAUUCCUGGAAUUCCUGUUGGAUCGACUUGGAGAUUUAGAGUUCAGGUGAGCGAAGCGGGUGUCCAUAGGCCCCAUGUUGGUGGAAUUCAUGGUCGAAGUAAUGAUGGAGCUUACUCUCUUGUCCUGGCUGGUGGAUUUGCGGAUGAAGUAGACCGAGGUGAUGAAUUCACAUACACUGGGAGUGGUGGUAAAAAUCUUGCUGGUAAUAAAAGAAUUGGUGCACCAUCAGCUGAUCAAACAUUAACAAACAUGAACAGGGCAUUGGCCCUAAACUGUGAUGCUCCAUUGGAUGAUAAAAUUGGAGCAGAGUCUCGGAAUUGGAGAGCUGGUAAGCCAGUCAGAGUGAUACGCAGUUUUAAAGGGAGGAAGAUCAGCAAAUAUGCUCCUGAAGAAGGCAACAGAUAUGAUGGCAUUUAUAAGGUGGUGAAAUACUGGCCAGAGAUUUCAUCAAGCCAUGGAUUCUUGGUUUGGCGCUAUCUUUUAAGGAGGGAUGAUGUUGAACCUGCUCCUUGGACCUCAGAAGGAAUAGAACGGUCAAGGAGACUAUGUCUACGUUUACAGUAUCCAGUAGGUUACCCUUCAGAUAAGGAAGGGAAGAAGACUAAAGGACAGUCAAAGAAGGCCAGUGGAGCCCCAAAAAGGCCAUCUACAGAUGAUGAUUGUCCAAGUGCCUCCAAAGUACCGAAAGCAUCAGAUUCAGCAGAAGCAGUUGAGGCUUUCCAACUAACCCCUCAACAACAACAUCUAAUCAGAGAAGAUCAUCAAAACCAGAAGCUAUGGGAUGAAGUUCUUGCAUCUCUUGUGGAAGGACCAAAUUUUCUGAAAAAAUUGGAACAAUCUUUUAUGUGUGUCUGCUGCCAGGAGCUAGUUUACCAGCCUGUGACAACAGAUUGCCUCCACAAUGUCUGUAAAGAUUGCUUACAGCGCUCCUUUAAGGCUCAAGUGUUCUCCUGCCCUGCUUGCCGGCACGAUCUUGGCCAGAAUUACAUCAUGAUUCCCAAUGAGGUUCUGCAGACUCUACUUGACCUUUUCUUCCCUGGCUACAGCAAAGGACGAUGAUUUGUCUACUUCUACUGUGUUGCUCCCCGUGGCUUUUUGGACAAUAAAGAAUCUAAAAUGGUUGGGGUGGGGGGGGGUGGAAGCAAUGGUGGACCAUAUCUCUCACGUUCUGAAGCAGCUAAUCCUCUUUCCUACGUAGCCAUCAUCUUGUGUGUGUAGUAAGAGGCCCAUUUCUCAACUGUCUUUUAAAUAUCAAAAGGUAGUUCUUGUCAGUUUAACAACUAGUUUUAAUGAGUAAAAAGUCAAAGCCUCAGCUCUAGUUGAUAUCCAAGUUAUGAUUUAUUUUGCAACUACCUCAGGACAGAAAAGAUUUAUGGGGAUUUUUUAAAUCAUUGAAUAAUUAGUUAAAUGAAGUUUUAGCUACACACUGCCUCCCAAAUAUUAGUUGUGCCUGGUUCAUGUAAUUUGAUUUUCAGAAAAGGAAGUGACACUUGAGAUUGUUGGAAUGAACGCAGCUUCUGUAGUGUGCAUAAUACAUUUUUAAUGUCUUCUUCCAUUACAGUGUGUGUUUUGCAGGACAGGUUCAUUUUUUUUAGCCAAUUUUGUGAGCUCCAUUGUGCUUUCUUCUGGUGUUUUAUGCAAGCUGACUACUAAUGAAAACAAUAUGAAUGCAUUGUUGCUGCAUUAGUGUAAUGUGGUGUGGUUUUGCACUUAAAAGAGGUAUUCAGAUGAUCUAGUUGUAAAUGUUCAUGUGAAAAGCCUCUUCUGUACUAGUCAAACUGCUUUUAGUGAGUCUCACCAGUGGUUUUACAUCUGCAGAGCAUUGAGGACUGGGCUGACUUUUUGAGAGGAUUGAAAUUGCUUCAUAUUGUGAUCCUAAAUUUUAUAUUCACUAUAUUCCCUAAAAUAUACCUUAAUAAAUAUUUUAUGACCAGAAAAA